CAGUAUUUCUGAAUUCUCGUUACACUUAAAGUCAGUCCACUUUGAUCACACAUUUAUUAAAAGCAUUGUCUGCGGCGUUUUACCUUUUGUCGUAAUCAAACAACUUUAAGCAAAUCGCUUCUUUGGAAAGGGAAUAGUAACGUAGCUUAACAGAAAAUUACGAGGAAAAAUAGAAACAAAUUCAAUUGGAAUUGAAUUGAUUCUGUUUGCAAGUUUGCGCUGAGUUGUCCAUUUCGCUCGGCGAGUGAAGAACUCGUGUUUAAUUACCUGGCUCAUUGAAUUUGCUAUUGAGUACUUUAGAAACGUUGCUCUGUUGCUUUGGUUGCUGAAAAGACCCUUUUGCUUUAUUUGUUUAUAGGGAAAGAACCAGCACGUUAUAAAAAAACACUAGUCUUAAAGAAAAGGCAGUGUAUUCAGUUAUAUUGUCAAUUUCUUUUCUGUAAUUUUUUUCCUUCUAUUUAGAAUUUUUUGAGUAUACCUCUGAGGUUUCGUUCCUUUUCUGUUUAUUUGCAACAUGCUUGCUCCACCCUCUGUUCCGUCUGUCUCGGUCUCUUCAGCUUCCCCUUCCCAGUCUUGUAACAAGAAAGAUGGUAUGAAGAUGUCGGAAAGCUCGAAUUGUACUACAACGAUCCCUGAACCCACCGAUACGAACUCUUCGUCUCCUUUGGUAGAUAACUGCAAUAAUCUUUUGUAUGAUCUUGCAAACUUUGUGGAAGAUUCUCCUCCGACCCUUACCAAUACUUCCUUCUCCCCUAACUCAUUUGCACUUUCUGAUAUGGAAUCGUCAAUGAAUGGAUGGCUUCAAUCGUUUGCCUUUGACGAUAAUUUCAGCACGAACUCUACGCAGUUUCCUUCGAAUGGCGUGAACUCUCCCAACUCACUCGGUAACUCUUCGAAUCCAUUACGCUCCAACUGCGAAUCGCCCAAUUCCUAUUAUAAUGAGAAUUUCAAUUUUGCAAAAGCGAAUGAUUUGGAUAUAGAUUUUAAGUUUCAGUCUUCUGCGGAUCCUGACCACCAUACCGUUGAUACAAUUGAUCCGUCAACUGUAGGAACUCAUCCUCCUCAAAUGUCUUAUGAUAACCAACCUGGAAAUCUUAAGCGUGAAGACCUUUUAGAUGCCGAUACUACGCACAUAAAACAAGAACCUAGCGCGAAAAAGGUCAAAGUUUCUCCUCAAUCUACUGAGACUGGUGUGAACUCUUCUGUGUCUUCUGGAAGUCCACCUUUUCCUGUCCUUGAUCCAAUGGAAAACUUUCAAAAGGAGUCAUCAUCACCCGAAACUAUAGAUCCUACCACCGGGAAACCAAAGAAAACAUCUCACAACAUGAUUGAAAAGCGUUAUCGUACAAAUCUGAAUGAUCGCAUUUGUGAACUUCGUGAUGCAGUUCCUUCUUUACGCGCUGCUGCUGCUCUUCGCUGCGGUGUAACUUUAGAAGAAGAAGAAUUACAUGGGCUUGCUCCUGCAAGAAAAUUAAAUAAAGGUACUAUUUUAGCAAAAGCAACUGAAUAUAUCCGACAUUUGGAAUCCAAAAGCAAGCAGCUUACCAAAGAAAAUAAGCGCCUUUCUGAUCGAUUAGCAUUUUAUGAAGAUCCAUCCAUGGCUCCCGUGUCAGCUGAUAACAAUAAAGCUUCCGAGCCGGUCAAUGUCGUUUCAUCGGAAUUUUCUGUUCAAAAUUCUGCCCGACGCCAUACGCCACAGCAUGCACGUACAUCACCAACUCUUAAUUCUAUGGGUCGCACUGCUUUGAAUGGAAUGGUCGGUUUGGGUCUCUUCAAUUAUCUCGGGGGUGGUGGUAAUGAUUCACAAUCGAUCUACGGGUUGUUCGCUCUCCCUUCCUUCCUCACUUCAAUUCCGUUUACGACAAUUGCUUGGCAUUUAUUGAAAAUCGGUGUUGUAUUGUUAGGGUUGUUUUACAUCUUGAAUGAUAACCGGCUUUUUAAGGGUUUCAAAUCAAAAGGAAAGCCCAAAGUUUCAGCGAUGUCUUCUACAUCGCCUUCAUCUAUUUUGUUCCGGAAAACAAUGUUUGAAAAAUAUUGUUUAUUGGAUCAUUCUUCUUCCUCAAUAUCACUUUUCUUUGGUUUGUUGAUUUUCAUUGUCAAAUCAUCUAUCAACUAUAUAAAUCAUCGAAUUAGUGGAUUGUAUGCGUCGUCUGAGACUUGGGUUUACAGUGAACAGCAGCUUGCAGAUAUCAGAAAUUUAGAAAAACUGCUUGAUGCACAGUUAAUGGGCGGAGAUGAAAAGGUCAACCGCCUUCGUUUAUUUAUGGUUUUUGCUUCAUCCUUCUUUUUGCCUACAACCAGCCAUACGUCUGCUCUCCAGGCAAUGUACUCUGAACUUAUAUUCUCGAACUCUCCUAUGCCAUCUGCAUUUGUAUCGAAAUGUGCUUCAUUUUUUUGGAAUCGUGCCAAACGCCUACAAAGUAGUGCAUCUAUGCAGUCAGAUCUUCAAGAGCUUCCUGAAUGCGUCGUAAAGUUAAUUGAGACAUGUGAUGCAGAAGAUAUUUUCUCUUCUUGGAUGGUUAAACGUUUGUGGACACUGGCUAGAUGUACUCGUGAUUCUGCAAAGUUGCCUAAUAGCAUAAUUAGCAAGCUUUCAGAUGUUGUGGUCAUGUCUCCUUUAGAAACAACUGCUUCUUGGUAUGCGGUUGAUUUGCUAGAGGCCUUGUUAAUGGAAAGUUUAGACCACCGUAUUGAAAAGUCUGAAAUUGAUAAAGUCCUUUCUCUUUCUCCGAAGAACUCUCCAGUGUAUCGUCAUGCCUUAGUCGCCAAAUUGGUUUUGUUCGAGGACAAUACGUCAGAAUCUCUUACAGAAGUUUUGGCUGCAUAUAACACCACAUUGCAACUUCGGAGCCAAGAUAAGCGCAGCUUUUCUAGCGUACUGAAUUUAAGCAGCAGCAAACUGUUCACGAUACACGCUUCUUUAGCUCUUGGAUUGUUACGUCUUGGUUAUACUGACGUCGCCAAGCGCAUGUAUAGAGAAAUCUGCGUUCCAGAGGAUAAUUCCGAUAUCAGUAUGUUGUCUUUUGUUAUUGGUUGGAAAGCAUUGAAGGCGUUUUCUCCCAUAUGCACUUCGCAGAAGGAAAACGACGUCGUGGAAACUAUGGCCAUGUACGUUCGCAUUGGGAUUGGUUCAUUAGGAUUAGAGGAUCCCAAGGUUUGUCAUCAUCUUAUAUCGUCCUGUAUUGAGAUUGGAUCACGGGUUCAAGAAGAUUUGGGUUAUGCUUCUGGCUCUGAAAACUCAGCCUGAGACAUUCAUUCUUUAAUUUAUUAUAAACGUAAACGUACGAAACAUUGUCCCAAUUUCUAUGAUUAUAUUUUCUUUUUGUUUUCUUUUUAAGUUGUUAAGCUUUAAUAAUAUUAUCUUUUAUUCACUAUGUUGCCAGAACAUAUCAUUAGCAGACGCAGAAUAAACACUGUAAUGAGCAACUAUACUGCUAAGUUUGGAUAUCCUUAGACUUUGGUGUGCUCAGUAUUUAGCAGCACUUCCAU